AUGCCUCACAAAGAUGGUUCGGCGUAUCACCCGGUUGUUUGUACCGUGAGCUUAGGUUCCAGCUUGAUGCUUGACAUAUUUUCUACCAAGAGUGACGGAACCCGAGAGGUCGAGCCAAGAUACCGAGUUUUGCAAGAACCUCGAAGUCUUCUGAUUACGGCUGGAGAGAUUUAUACAGAUUAUAUGCAUGGGAUUGCUGAAGUCCAUGAAUACAGAGAUCUCAGUCGAACAACCGUUGCGAAUUGGGACCUUCUCCACGAUCCGGAGGCUAUUCGAGAUGGGGAAUUACAACGCUCUACUAGAACGAGCCUUACUUAUCGAGACGUGAUCAAAGUCUCCAAGCUGGGUGCCAAGUUUGGGAGUCUAGGUAAAUUCAAAUAG